AUGCGAGCACUAAAAUGGCUGAGGAUAUUGUUAUUGGUCAUCUGCGUCGCUGGUCAAGAUUUGAGGACUGUUCGGCAAGCAGGAUAUUCUUACAACCCACCUAGAAUUCCGUUUACUUUACCGAGUCCUAGUCCGCCUUCUUCACCACCACGUUAUUCUUACCCGCCACCACCUCCGCCUCCACCACCACCUCCGCCACCGCCACCGCCACCGCCUCCGCCACCUUCGCCCUUCCUGGACUAUCGUUCGCUGAACAAUUCCACUUCGCAACCAUCAUUUUCUAUACCACCCCCGCCACCUACGGCAACAGCAACGGCAACAUCGACUGGCGCAGUGAAAAUAAUUGGACCGGCUAGAGACAUUGUGGCUACAUCGGGAGGUUACCCCAGUUACCCGAUUUACACAACGUCUUCAGGAAGCGCUUCGACUUACACGACGCCAGCUACAGCUAGUACUGCUUAUCCUACGACCCCCGCAUACAAUUAUUCUCCACCACCUAGUUAUCCUGCUCCAGCUCCUCCACCAAGCUAUCCGGCUCCUCAACCAACAUAUCCUGCACCAGCACCUCGGCCUAGUUAUCCUGCUCCAGCUCCUCCACCAUCUUACCAACCUACAUAUGUCUCACGUCCUGGACCACGUUAUCUUCCCCCAGCUCCUCCUAGUUAUCCAGCACCAGCACCUCGGCCUAGUUAUCCUGCUCCAGCGCCACAACCCAGUUAUCCUGCCCCUGCACCUCGACCCAGUUAUCCUGCUCCAGUGCCACAACCUAGCUAUCCUGCCCCUACCCCUCAACCGACUUACCUUCCUCCUUCAGGAUAA